AUGACUACAUCGAGCAGUAAAACAGGAAAGAAUCUGAUAGAAAACUAUAAAGUUAAUAUUGAGUUGCCAGAUUCUCUUCCAUGCCCACUACAACUAAAUUCAAAUCCAAAAUUGUCAAAAUCUCAAGAAUACUUUGAUAACGAUACCCUUUUUGGAUCAGAUGAUGAUAGUGAUGAUAUAAUAUUUGCACAUCAAGAAUCAUCAAAAGUAAAAGAGCAUUCAAAUUCAAGAUCUGGUCGAAGUAGCCAACACAGUAAAGAAUCAUCUACACCUAAAAGGAGAAAAAGAACUAAUUUUGUAUCUCCUGUUAAAAAAGGAAGUCCACAAAGUAAAAAAUCUUCCAUUAUAUGGGAUGACAGCGACGAUGAAGAUCUAAAACGAAUAGAAACUACAUACAGAGAUCCAGAUUUUGCACAAUAUCAAGACUCUUCAGAUACUGAUGAUGAUAAUAUUAAACCUCGAAUUAAUGAUGAAAGUUGGAACUCAAGUUCACCAGUACAAGACAGUCCGCCAAAUGGAUUCGCUAUUAAACUUCCAAAUGCUAUAUCUCCACCAAAAAGUCCAGGAAUUGAAAAUCCAAGACUUCUUAAGGCUAAACAGAAACUUUCCAAUCGAAUAUAUUCACCACCUAAUGGAGUUCCGCAACCAUCACCGCCUUCUUCCCCAGUUCCAAGAAAUAGACCUUAUAUCAGAAGAGGAACUCCUCCACAAGACAAGCGAGUGAAAACAGAUAAUCUCGGAUCAGAUACUACAGUUUCUGAUAGUAAUAUUACUGGAGAUGAGCAAUCAGAAAAUAUAAUCAAAAAAGGUGAAGCAAAACUCGAUGUCAAAGCAGCAGAACAUCAAGAAGAUUCAUUAAGUAUUGGACAAAUUCUGAAAUACACUAUUUCUAUUGAAAUCAAAAACAAACUCGGAUUUCCAAGAUAUUUUUUUAAGAUUUUCAACGAGAAUGAUGCAUUAUUCUCGUUCAAAACAAAGAAAAUUGUUGAUAAUCAGUCAAUUUUCAUUGAAAAAGGUUCAGAUCCCCACAUUUCAUCUGAGAAUGCGGAAGGAGUCAUAUUGAUUGCGAAUAACAUAAAGGAUUUCUCAUUAAGAGGUAAGUCGUUACAAGGAAAAGAACUUAUUACCCUCAGAAUUCUUGAAAAAGACCAUAUUAAGUUAUUUUGGUAUAAUUCAGAAUCUCAAACACAAUCAACAUCACUCAAAGCUAUUUUUACAAAAGGAAGUAUUGAAACCGUUGAUAUUGUUGAUGGAAAAAAGAAUAUUUGGGCUAAAUUUACUUUAUUAUCAUCAAAUACUUUCACUUCGGAAUGCUUCAGCCGGUUUGAUCCGAUGAGCAUUAUUACAAUUGCUUUUGUAUUGUUUGUAAAUAAAUAA